AUGGAACAUUACCAGAAAUGUGUCGCCAAAGGUGGGUGGAGCAAAGGGAUCUGGUUCUCGGAGGCUACUCCCAAGUUUGUUUUCAUAGUGUGGCUUGCUAUGCAUAAUAGGCUUGCCACAGGAGACAGGGUGUUAAAAUGGAAUCCUCAAGCCAUCACUACUUGCUGGCUUUGCAAGGUGGAGGAUGAAACCAGAGAUCAUUUGUUUUUUUAUUGUCUCUAUUCAAGAGAAGUGUGGAAGGGGGUCACUGGUAAUAUGGCGGGUAAUGGUGGUUGCAGUUGGAGUCAGGUGACUCAAGUGGUGGUAAAUGGUUUGCAGGAGAGAGUUGCUACUUUCCUUUUGAGAUAUGGCUUUCAAGCAGUGAUUUAUGGCCUUUGGCAAGAGAGGAAUGUUAGAAGAGUGGGAGAAUCUUCUCAGCCAGCAAAUUGUUUGACUACUCUGAUGGAUAAGCUGGUGAGGAAUAGAAUCACCUCCCUUCGGAAGAAGAAUGACAGAAAAUAUGAGAGAAUAAUGGAAGUGUGGAUGGGAAGGAGCUGA